UCAAUCUCUUUCCCAUCCGUUUAUUUGGGUCACCUGAUUUUUUUACUGAAUUGAUUCUUGUCCUACAUCUCAUCCAGUUGGUGUGUAUCAAAUGGAUCGAAUCUCACACACGUGUUAUUGAUUCAGCACGAAUGCCACGAAUCGCCGCUUAAUUCUGUACUCGCGCGCAUCUCCCCAGAAAAUUUCUGAUCUCGAAAAUCUUUGCAUUUUUCGGGAGUGGGAGAUAGGAGGGACAUCCAAAAAUACGGCUCGUAUUCGGUCCUUAAUACCUAUAGAUACGGCACUAACGCCUGUGAAGAAGCUGCGCACCCCUCUUUCUUAUUUAAAUCAGACAUCUUUCUCUCUCUCUCUCUCUGGUUGGAAAUGGCUCCAUUGAGAUACAGCAGCAUUUUACCUCUUUUUCUUUCUAUUCUCAUUGCAGAAAUUAGCUUCUGUUUUUCUUCUCAGGUGUAUGUAGUUUACAUGGGAAGCAAAAACAGUUAUAGCCCAGAUGAGAUUUUGAGUCAAAACCACCAAAUGCUUAUUGCUGUUCAUGGAGGAAGUGUCGAGAAAGCCCGAUUGUCGCAUGUUUAUAGUUACAGACAUGGUUUCAGAGGAUUUGCAGCUAAGCUGACAGAUGAGCAAGCUUUGGCAAUGUCCAAAAUGCCGGGCGUGGUUUCGGUCUUUCCAAAUUUGAAAAGAAGUCUACAUACUACUCAUUCAUGGGAUUUCAUGGGCCUCAUGAGCGACGAAUCAAUGGAAAUUCCAGGCUAUUCUACUAAGAACCAACAAAACGUGAUCAUUGGUUUCAUUGAUACAGGAAUAUGGCCAGAAUCCCCCAGUUUCAAUGAUCUUUACAUGCCUCCAGUGCCUCCUAGAUGGAAAGGGAAAUGCCAAACAGGAGAAGCAUUCAAAAAUUCAUCUUGCAACAGGAAAGUAAUAGGAGCAAGGUACUAUCUGGAUGGGUAUGAUGCUGAAGAAGCAAGCCAUGUCUUUGAGUCAAGUUCUGAUAAGACAGUGAAAUUUAAAUCUCCAAGGGACAGCUCCGGUCAUGGUAGCCACACGGCUUCGACAGCAGCUGGUCGAUAUGUAAAGAACAUGAAUUUUAGUGGGUUGGCUGGAGGAGGAGCGAGAGGUGGAGCACCCAUGGCUAGAAUUGCCAUGUACAAGACCUGUUGGGAUUCAGGAUGCUACGAUUCAGAUUUACUCGCUGCCUUUGAUGAUGCAAUUAAAGAUGGUGUUGAUAUCUUGUCUCUAUCUUUAGGCCCUGAAGCCCCUCAAGGAGAUUAUUUCAACGACGCGAUUUCAGUGGGCUCGUUCCAUGCUGCUAGCCAUGGAAUUCUUGUUGUUUCUUCCGUUGGAAACGAAGGUAGACAGGGCUCGGCAACUAAUGUUGCACCGUGGAUGAUCACGGUCUCUGCUAGCUCCACAGAUAGAGAUUUCACAUCUGAUAUCAUACUCGGGAAUGAGAAGAACUUCACGGGUGAAAGCCUGAGUCUCUUCGCGAUGAACACUUCUGCAAGGCUCAUGUCUGCCUCCAACGCCUAUGCGGGAUAUUUUACUCCAUACCAAUCCAGCUACUGUUUGGAGGGCUCCUUGAAUCGUACCAAGGCCAGAGGAAAGGUGUUGGUUUGCCGCCAUGCUGAGAGUUCUACAGAGUCUAAGCUAGCGAAGAGCAUUGUAGUGAAAGAAGCUGGUGGGGUUGGGAUGAUUCUGGUUGAUGAAGGAGAUAAGGACAUUGCAAUUCCCUUCGUACUUCCUGCCGCUCUUGUUGGAGCUGCAGAUGGUGACAGAAUCCUUUCGUAUAUCAAUCAGACAAGGAAACCAAGAGCACUAAUCUUACCGGCAAAGACUGUGUUAGGAUCUCAAACAGCUCCUCGAGUAGCAUCCUUCUCAUCCAAGGGUCCCAACACCUUGACACCGGAGAUUCUCAAGCCUGACAUCACCGCUCCGGGACUGAAUAUAUUAGCAGCUUGGUCUCCAGCAGUGAACAAAAUGAACUUCAACAUUCUCUCUGGAACAUCCAUGGCUUGUCCGCAUGUAACGGGAAUAACAGCCUUGGUCAAAGCUGUAUACCCGUCAUGGUCUCCUGCUGCCAUAAGGUCUGCUGUGAUGACGACAGCAACCGUGUUGGAUAUGAAUGGCAAAGUCAUCAAAGCAAACCCAGAAGGAAGAGCAGCGAACCCAUUUGAUUACGGCUCCGGCUUUGUAAAUCCCACAGGAGUCCUAAACCCUGGUCUCAUUUAUGACAUGCAACCUGCAGAUUACAAAACUUUCCUGUGUUCAAUUGGUUACGACAAGCAGUCCCUUCGCAUGGUCACCGGUGACGACAGCGUAUGCAAUCAGCCUUCCUCAUCAGUUUCUGACUUCAAUUAUCCUUCAAUCACAGUACCCAAUCUUAAGGACACCUAUACAGUUACUCGAACUGUGACAAAUGUAGGGAAACCUAUUAGUACUUAUAGAGCGGUAGUGUCAUCACCAAAGGGAAUCAAUGUGACCGUAACACCGAAGUUUCUGAUUUUCAAAGACUAUGGUCAGAAGAUUAAAUUUACUGUGAAAUUCAAGGUAACUGCUCCAUCCAAUGGGUAUGUAUUUGGGUCGUUAUCUUGGAGGAAGAGGAAAUUACAGGUAACGAGCCCUUUAGUAGUCCGAGUUGCGUCCUCAAACACGGGCAUAUCAAGAUAAGUGGGGCCAUGACUAAAGGUCACAGAGAUUGUGAAGUUCACAUGCAUUUACUGCUACAAAAGAAUGCAGAUGAAGAACUACCAUGAAGUUGACAGGCAGACAUUGAAAUUUGGAUGAAAGGACAAAGUGGGUUCGAUGGUUGACGACUGAUUCAAGCAUUGAUUGAUUGAUAUUUCGACUACUAAAUGAUGAAACUGAAAGAAUGGGAUUUUCUCUAUACAUAGUUUUAUAUGUUUCUUAUCUCAAAUGUGAAAAUUCAAGCAUAGUAAUUUGAAAAUUCAAUCAUUGUAUGUACAUGGCAGAAUUCUAUAUGCAAUAACAUUCACAUUCUUCUGUGAAUACAGUUUUAGAGGGACUA